GGUGGCUGUCAGCUGCAGUGAGCGUGGGGUCCUCGGGUGUCUGCCUUCCCUGGCUGCUUUCUCCGUGUUAAAGCCUGAAGAAUAAGGAUGGCAACGAACAAGGGCCCAACCCUGCUGGAUGGAGACCUCCCUGAGCAGGAGAACGUGCUCCAGAGAGUCCUGCAGCUGCCUGUGGUGAGCGGCACCUGCGAGUGCUUCCAGAAGACCUACAACAGCACCAAGGAAGCGCACCCCCUAGUGGCCUCCGUGUGCAAUGCCUAUGAGAAGGGGUUACAGGGCGCCGGCAACCUGGCUGCCCGGAGCAUGGAGCCGGUGGUCCGCCGGCUGUCCACCCAGUUCACGGCUGCCAAUGAGCUGGCUUGCAGAGGCCUGGACCAUCUGGAGGAAAAGAUCCCAGCCCUCCAAUACCCUCCAGAAAAGAUCGCUUCUGAGCUGAAAGGCACCAUCUCUACCCGCCUUCGAAGUGCCAGGAACAGCAUCAGCGUGCCCAUCGCAAGCACCUCGGACAAGGUCCUGGGGGCCACUCUGGCUGGCUGCGAGCUUGCCUUGGAGAUGGCCAAAGAGACAGCGGAAUAUGCUGCCAAAACCCGAGUUGGCCGACUGGCCUCAGGAGGGGCUGACCUGGCUCUGGGCGGCAUUGAGAAGGUGGUAGAGUUCCUCCUGCCACCAGACAAGGUGGAGUCAGCCCCUUCUUCUGGACGGCAGCGGGCCCAGAAGGCUCCCAAGGCCAAACCGAGCCUUGUGAGGAGGGUCAGCACACUGGCCAACACUCUUUCUCGACACACCAUGCAGACCACAGCCUGGGCCCUGAAGCGGGGCCACUCUCUGGCCAUGUGGAUCCCGGGUGUGGCACCCCUGAGCAGCCUGGCCCAGUGGGGUGCCUCAGCAGCCAUGCAGGUGGUGUCCCGGAGACAGAGUGAGGUCCGGGUGCCCUGGCUGCACAACUUAGCAGCCUCCCCAGAUGAGAACCACGAUGAGCAGACGGACACAGAGGGAGAGGAGACAGACGACGAGGAGGAAGAAGAGGAAUCAGAGGCAGAGGAGAACAACGUGCUCAGAGAGGUAACAGCCCUGCCCAAUCCCAGAGGCCUCCUGGGUGGCGUAGUCCACACCAUGCAGAAGACACUCCAGAACACCAUCUCAGCGGUGACUUGGGCACCUAAGGCUGUGCUGGGCACGGUGGGAAGGAUCCUGCACCUCACACCAGCCCAGGCUGUCUCCUCCACCAAAGGGAGGGCCAUGUCCCUAUCCGAUGCCCUGAAGGGUGUUACGGAUAAUGUGGUAGACACUGUGGUACAGUAUGUGCCGCUUCCUAGGCUGUCCCUGAUGGAGCCCGAGAGCGAAUUCCGAGACAUCGAUAACCCACCAGCAGAGGCCGAGCGCAAGGGGUCCGUGGCGCGGCCCGCCAGUCCGGAGUCCGCGCCGCGCCCGAGCCAGCCCCGCGGCAGCCUGCGCAGCGUGCGGGGUCUGAGCGCGCCCUCCUGCCCCGGCCUGGACGACAAAACGGAGACGUCGGCGCGUCCUGGCUUCCUGGCUAUGCCCAGGGAGAAGCCUGCGCGCAGGGUCAGCGACAGCUUUUUCCGGCCCAGCGUCAUGGAGCCUAUCCUGGGCCGCGCGCAGUACAGCCAGCUGCGCAAGAAGAGCUGAACCACCGUCUGCGCCCCUGCUCGCCCCGGCGCCUUCCGCCGGAGGGUCGCUUCUCCCCAAGGAAACAGAAAACACACUUCCUAGUGGGCCUCUUCAUCAGGGUGGCUGGCCCCUUGGGAGCCCUAGCCACAACCUCACGAUGCAGUCGAGGCACACAUCAUUUCUAAAGCAUCCUUUGGGGGUUUGACCAUCACAGCCAGUUUUUAAGGGGCACCAGAGCAGCGGUCGACUCAUGGGCAGAGGCUCUCAUGGCUUUCUUUCUUUUAGACUAUAAAAAAGUGAUUGCUUAAUUGGAUUUCUUGCUUCUUUAGCAAAACUUAUGGCCAAAUGACACCUGCCUGGUUCUAAAAUUCAGAUCCCUUCUCUGUGGACAUGUAUUUAUUGCCAAAAAAGUAGUGGUUGGUUUCUUUUCUUUUCUUUUUUCUUGUCUUUCUCUCUCCUCCCUCCAUUCCUCUCUCUCUGUCUUCCUUCUCCUCUUCCUCCUCCUCUUCCGACAAUGUCUCCUUAUGUAGCUCAGUGCUGGGAGGUCCACUCUCUUGCCGGCUCCCACUGAAUGUCAGGAACUCUCAGUACAUUUUCAGCGCUGAGCUCUGAGACCCUCUGAUUACCUAGCUCUCGGCACACUGCUUUGAAAAGAACAAGGAGGUGCCAAAGCCUUUGUAUGUUUAUUUAGAUGACAGUUCCAGUUUCUGAGUCUCUCUCCCUCGGGCCUGUCCUUUAUAAGCGCCAGCUUUUUCUCACACAGACACACUUUCAUUGCACCCCUCCUGCCUCCCACCUGGAAUGGAGACACCCCAGAUGCUAGGAGCCAGCAAUGGCCACUUUUUGCUUAAUCCAGUGUGUACUAUAUAAAACACGUAUCCACAGUCACCCUUCAUUCCAAAUCCCAUUUUUGGAAAUACCAAUACUUGGUCAAUCUAGGAAAUUCAUAAAUAUACUUGCAGCAUUCAAACAUUGAAAA